ACAGGUAAGGCAGGAAUAGCACCGAUACAGGUUCAGACAUUUGUUAAAGGAAUUUCGGCCCACGUUCGGUAAGAAAAUAAGCGCCAGAGACAACGAGUUAAAUUAGCGCGCAUACAGCCAGGUAACGCGUUUACCACCACCACGCUCAUUUCCUCUAUGUUUUCGCAAUAGACACCAUGAAUUCAUCUACCGCCUCGACAAUUCCUGACCCGCCACUCGGCACCAUCGUCGAGCUCUCCUCCGGCAUCGGCACAGGCGUCGUGCGGUUCAACGGCUACACCGAUUUCAAACCCGGCAAAUGGGUCGGCGUGGAGUUAUUUGAGAAGAACGGGAAGAACGACGGGAGUGUAGGUGGAGUUAGGUAUUUUAGCUGUAAAGGCGGGAUGGGGUAUGGGGUGUUUGUGAGGGGAAGUCAGAUUAAGAGGAUUGUGGGGAAUGAGAGGGAGAAGGAGGGAGAGAGGAAGAUGAGUGUGUCGGCGGCGCGUCGCCCAACGUUGGGUCAUCAACGGACAUCGAGUAUCGGGAACGGUCUCGGCACUGCUCCAUCGUCGUCGGCGUCGUCGACACUACGCGUCUCGCCGGCGUCGGCAUCUGGUAGCAGUCGUUCAACAAGUCCAGCUAAACCAUCGUCCUCUCGAUUAUCUCCAACGAAGAAAUCAUCGUUGUCGUUGUCUUCAACGACGUUGACGAGACCUGGACAUCAGGCGCGUAGAUCUAUUUCGUUGAAACAGGCUCCGUCACCGUCGUCGCCAAAUCCUCCGAGAGUGUCGUCUCCAUUGACAAAGACGCCUAGUCCAGUGCCGACGUCUGCAACUGUUGCCUUUGUAUCCGAGCCACCUACUUCUUCGUUGUCGCCUCCGACGACGGCGCCUGAAACAGAACCACCACGUCCAUCUAUCACCCUCCCAGACACCCACCCCCAAAUCCAUGCAUUGCUCACUAAAGUCCGCGUGCUCGAAACCAACCGCACGCUGGACACGCUCCAAAUCCAAUCCCUGGAAUCCAAACUCGCCGAAUCCUCCUCCUUCCUCUCUCUCCGCCCCAAACUCCAAGCGAAACUUCAAUCCCAACAAACAGAAUUAACUUCUCUCAAACAAGAAAUCAACGAGCUCAAGGCGCAGGUGAAGGUAUGGGAAGAGAGGAAGGAGGUUGUGGAAGGGGAGUUGGAGAUGUGUAUGUUGGAUAAGGAGAUGGCGGAGGAGAGGGCGGAGAUUGCGGUGGGGGAGUUGGAGGCGGUAAAGGAGAGGUUGGCGGAGGUUGAGGUCGAGGUCGAGGUGUUGAGGGAGGAAAAAGAGUUGUGGGAAUUGGAGAACGACGGAGAAAUAAAACCUGAGGGGAAACAGAAAGACACAAACACCCUGGCGUAUGUUCAACUAGAAAAACAAAACGAGCGUCUCAAAGAAGCUCUACUCCGUCUCCGUGAUAUGACACAAGAUACAGACCAGGAUCAACGCAGGCGAAUCGCGGAAAUGGAGAAAGAUUUAACUGGGUAUGAGGAAUUACAAGCUCAAUUGUCUACGACAACCGUCAAGCUCUCCAACGCUGAAACUCAAAUUGAUGAUCUUAAGCUUCAGUUGGACGAUGCGCUCGGUGCAGAGGAUAUGCUUGUGCAGCUUACUGAGAGGAAUUUAGUACUUGGGGAGAAAAUCGAAGAAAUGCGAAUAACAAUCGAAGACCUCGAAGCUCUCAAAGAGCUCUCAGACGAGUUGGAGGAAAACCACAUCGAGACAGAAAAAGCGUUACAAGGGGAUUUAGAAACCCUGUCAACCCAACUCUCCGCUGCCCAGCUCAAGAUCUCGACAUUAUCAGAUACAUGUUCAGAUUACGAGGGUACGAUUGGUCAAUUUAGGGAUUUAGUGGUACAAUUACAAGGUGAAUUAACCCACCUCCGCCUGACAACCGCCUCCGCCGAAUCCCAACGCGGCGAAGCCCUCUCUCAAACCGCCGCCAUCCUCUCAGCAAACAUCCGUCUCCAAUCCACCGCUGCGAAAACCCGUGCCCGCGACGUCGAGGCUGAGUUGAGCAAGAUGCGGGAGAGAGAGUUGAGAGAGGAGUUGGAGAUCGUGGAAGGGUUUUUACCAGGGGUUUAUCGGGAUGGGGUGGCCGAAGGUGAAGCGGAUGCGGGUAACAACAUCAACCAGAACCAAACGCAUAAACACACUGGUUCUUCUGGAGUCGUCAGCGUCAGCGGCGGUGAAAUUCAAGACCCAUCCCAGAAACCCACCACCUCUCCUGUUGUGGUUACAGGCGGCACCGACCGAGACGCAGUGAGGGUGUAUAUGUUCUUCCAAAGGAUCGCUUCGAAAGCGGAUAUCAUCAAUCGUGUGGUGGCGCAGACGCAUGGGUUGCCGGAGGCGUUGGAUUUGGGUGGAGGGGAGGAUGAUGCGGUAGAGGGAGUGGAAGGUAAAGUGGUUACAGAGUUAUUGGUGGGUGUAUGUGAGAUGCGGGGGAGGUUAUCUGUCCUCUCAACCCUCUGCAAACGCCUCUCCGCCAUCCUCCGGCGCUGUUCUCCUGAGCUUUGGAUAUCCGUAGGAAGACUUUACGAGGAGCUCAAGCCGCUAGAAAAACGCAUGGACAUCCAUGUGGAGUUGUUGGGGAGAGAUGAGUUUAGGGAGAGGGAGUGUGUUAGUGAUGUUAUUAAGAUCAACGCACAGUUCAAUCACCUCGCGGAGAUGUAUUUCGGGGAUUAUUUCGGUGGGCAGUUGUUUGGGUACGUUUCUUCUUCUCUUCUUUUCUUUCAUUCCUUCACCCACAUCAACAGCCCUGACAUCGCCGAACGCGAACUCGGCACCCUCACGCUCUUCGACCUCGACCUCGACAUGUUCGCAGCGAGUAUUGGGAUGAUGAAGACUAGUGUUGAGGGGUUGUUGAAAGAAGAAGAAUUCGCCCCCUCUGCCGACUUUGGCGGCUUCGAUAUCCACACAGAACUAUACACACCCCUACUAACACUACUCUCAAGGUCGAAAUCAGCAAAGACCUCUGUACGUAAGAUGGCUAAACGAUUAGAGGAAUUAGCAAGUUCAACCCCAACUUCCACUUCGACCUCCGGCGCCAACGCAGCUCUCAAACCACACCUCCUCCCGCAAAUGGAAGUCCUAAGCAAUACCGUUCAGGAACUCGUGAAUUUCGGAAUCAGCCUCGCCCAGCAAACACUUCCCUACCUAGCCGAUGUACGUGCCGGUAAAACGACGCCGUUUAGGCUUACGGAGAUUUUGGGGUUCGCGAAACAGCAAGCGGGAGGGAUCGUGGUAGGUGGUGGAGGUGGGACAACGGGGGCAACAACAACGACAACAGCAGUGGCGGCGAAACCGAUGUUGUUUAAACCUGGGAUGUUGUGGUGGGAGGUUGUAGGGGAUAUGAUAACGAAUUUGAUUGAGGAUUCUGCGAGGUUGUUACCGCAGACGCUUGAUCCUGCGAAUGUUUUGUUCUUAUCCCCUUCAACGACGACGACGGCAAUGACCACAACAACGACAGUGACAGCGAGCACAAAUCCUGCAACCCCUUCCUUCCCAUCCCCACCCUGGAUCUCCCGAAUCCAAACCGUCCAAACGCUCCUAACCAACUCCCUUUCCUCUACCUACAAUCACCUCAUCUCUCAACUCCAAUCCGACCUCCUCUCACUCUCCCGCACGCUCAAAGCCAAAGACCAGCACCUCGCCGAGCUCACAGUGAAAAUACAGCUCCUCGAGCGGCGCGCGGAGGGUAAGGGAGCGGAGGUGAGGCGGAUGGAGGAGAUGGUCAAGGAGAUGGAGGUAGAGGUGGGGAGGCUGAGGAAGGUGGAGGCGGGGUAUGGGGAGGCGAUGGUGCAGAUGCAGGGAGAGGUGGAGGGGUUGGAGAGGGAGGUGGAGAGGUUGAGGGGGAGGGGAAAUGUUGUUGAAGGAGGAGGGGAACAUGUUAAGGGGGUAGACCAGGAUGGGGUAGGUGUGGGUGGUUCUGGUUUAAUAAGUGCGGGUGUUACUGCAACAGAGGGGAAUUUGGAUCAUGCGCAGUUGAUGGAUCAGUACACUGCCCUUCGCAACACCGUCCGUUUCCUCCGUACCGAAAACGCUUAUCUGCGGGGAUACGAUCUGAUUCGAGAAAUCCAGGCGUUGCCUCUUAUUCCUGUUCCUCGUUCAUCUCGACCUCCGACGCCGGCAUUGGCUCCUUCGGGGUUGUCGGAUACUGAUACUGAUACGGAGGGAGAUGAAGAAUACAAUGACCCCGCAUCGAGGACUACACUGAAAAAAUCAUCCUCCUCGCAGCCUCUUCCCCUAUUAACCGAGACGAAAUUAGUAUACCGAUCCGUGAUGAAAUACACCUCGUCUCCGCGUGUUGUGGAUUUAUCAGAGGUGAAUGCGCGGCGGUUGGAGGUUAGUCGGAGGAGGGGGCUGCGAUUGCAAAAGGGGAGGAAGAAUGGCCAGAUUGAGAUGAGGGAGGAUGGAGAUAUGGAGGAGGUGGCAGCAGAUAGGGAGAAGGAUAAUGGUGUUUUAGAGGGUGAAGGUAUCAAAGACGCAGAAACUGGUAUCGAGAAACUAGAUCCUAUUGGUUCGACUGCCCCUGAAAUCCCCCGUCGUCCGAGCCCGAGUGGGGUAUGGAUGCCUCGGAAGAGGAUGCCUGCGCAUCAGGUCCUGGAGAGGAAGAUCAGAGGAGAGAGGCUGGGUGAACGCGUGAGGGGGUUGAUGGAGAGGGUUGAGAGGGCAAGUGUUGUGAGAGUAGGCGGUGGUGUUUAAGAAAGUGAUAUGUUUUCGUUUUUUUUGGAAUUCUCUUUUAUGAUAUGAUUUACACCGCACACUUAGAUACCCCCCAUACUUUGCAUUCCAUUUAUUAUUUAUGUAUGUUACUUUUUUAUUAAAUUCAUUCUAUCUUAUACCAUCUUCCGUUUCUCUGCUUUCACUUGUUGUUUUCUCUCGCUUGAGUUACAAUACAUAAUUUCUCCAGAGUUGCAGGUUGCAACAAUCAAUCAGGCGCAAUUGACUCUGCUUCAGCAAAUGCUUAGCGCUUAUCCCGCAAGACUGUAUACAACACCCUCAUCC